AAUGUGCAGAGGCCAAGGCUCCCUCCCCUCCAGGCUGUUCUGGAGCUGGGGCCGGAGGCCCUGGGCCCCCUCUGGGCCCCGCAGGAGCUGCUAAACCAGCCAGCAAGGGAUUAACGGGGCUGUACAGCCUGCCUGCCUUCAGGCCGAUGCCAAAAGGUCUGUGCUAUCUCCUACCCCCCCCCCCUGCCAGGCCCCUUGCUGACUGGCAGCCAGGUCUGGCCCAGCUUUGACGGGAUCCCUUCUUUUACCCCUUUUACAUCUCCAAGAGACCCCGCAGUGCGUAUUCCCUGGUCUGGCCUCCUCUGUUUUUGAUACGCAUGGCCCCUAGGUACCCAGAACCCCCUCUUCCCGGUACCCCUUCUCCAGCCCAAUCUCUCCAUAUCUGGCUUCAGAGCCCUCUCCAAAAAGUUUUCCUUGAUGUCUUACCUGCUGCAAAUUGCAAUUCAAUUUCCUUUCUGUCGUAGUCAGAGAGGACAGGAAGCCCCCAGGGUCAGAUGAGCCCUGUGAGGGCAAAAUCCGUCAUCUCGGGGCUGGUGCUUGGCGUAGGAAUUAGGAGAAUUUUAGGGCACUGGCAUCCAAGGGGUUUCCCCGGCAGAAAGGCCCUGAGGACAAGCAGGGUCCCUCCUCCUAGGCCCUCCCUUCUCUAUCCCUGGUGGGGGUGGCGGGGGCAGGGGCACCUACCUGGGCCGAGGCCCCACCUCCCCAUCCCCAGGGAGCUGGGCAGGAGCUUUGCUGGGGACCCUGCCCUGGCUUAGGCGGCUGCUGUGGGCGGGCCCCUGGCUUUGCCAGUGCCUGGGCCUCCGCCUGCAUUCUAGAGCCCCAGUCGCUGCCACUGCGCUGCUGCUGCCUUGGCUGGGCUGCCGCCUCUCCUCAGCCUUUGACCACUGCUGCACCCCACCCCAGCCCAGCUGCUCCGCUCACCUGGCCAUGACCCCGGCCCUGCCAGGGACCCUGGCCCAGCCCUGAGCUCUGAGGCCCCCAACCCUCUCCUCUGGGCCAUGGCCAACUCGGGCCUCCAGCUCCUGGGCUACUUUCUGGCCCUGGGUGGCUGGGUGGGCAUCAUCGCCAGCACAGCCCUCCCGCAGUGGAAGCAGUCCUCUUACGCUGGUGACGCCAUCAUCACCGCCGUGGGCCUCUACGAAGGGCUCUGGAUGUCCUGUGCCUCCCAGAGCACCGGUCAGGUUCAAUGCAAGCUCUACGACUCACUGCUUGCUCUGGAAGGUCACAUCCAGUCUGCACGAGCCCUGAUGGUGGUGGCUGUCCUCCUGGGCUUUGUGGGCAUGGUCCUCAGUGUCGUCGGCAUGAAGUGCACCCGGGUUGGGGACAGCAACCCCAUUGCCAAGGGCCGCAUCGCCAUCUCCGGGGGUGCCCUCUUCCUCCUGGCAGGCCUCUGCACUUUGACUGCUGUCUCAUGGUAUGCCACUCUGGUGACCCAGGAGUUCUUCAACCCAAGCACACCUGUAAAUGCCAGGUACGAGUUUGGUCCGGCCCUGUUUGUGGGCUGGGCCUCUGCUGGCCUGGCCAUGCUGGGGGGCUCCUUCCUCUGCUGCACGUGCCCGGAGCCUGAGAGAGCCAACAGCAGCCCACAGCCCUAUCGGCCUGGCCCCUCAGCUGCCACCCGAGAACCAGUUGUUAAAUUGUCUGCCUCCAUCAAGGGCCCCCUGGGUGUAUAAUGUCCCCAGCCUGGCUUUGUACCCCUGCCACACCUAGACUGUGUGUUUGGUAUUUUUUGGAAAGAGAAGUGAAUGUCAAGCUCAAGUGUGGUGUCAUUUGAUCUGUCCCUGGCAUGGCUAGGGUGGGGCCUGGCUCAGAGGUCAGAGCUGGUCCCUGUUGUUGUUCGGCAUAAAGAUGGGGACCCAGAGGUCCAGGGUGGGUUACGAAGCACAUCCAGGCUGAUCAGGGCUCCUGUCCACUGCCUAGUAACCUCCCCAGCCUGGCCUGGGGUUGGCGCCAGGACCUUCUUGAUAGGAGACCCUACCCUGAGACCUGGUCCAGUGCUGGGGGCCAUUCCUGGGGUCAGGGUACCCCUGGUCUGAAGAGACACACAGCCUCACCUGUUACUCUCCGUUCCUGGGAGCCCUCCUGUUGGGUUCUGGGGAUCAGAGCUGGGUUGAGGGAAAACUGUAGGAGUUCCCUAAGUGGAAAAGGGACUGGGGGAAGGGCAGUAGGGCCUUUCAGGCAUUUGGACUUUCCUGAGCAAGGUUGGAAGCUCCAGCUCUGCUCCCACCCAAAUGCCGCCCCUUGCCCACACCCACCAUUCCUCCUCUCCAGUCUGCUGAGGCCCGGCUACAGUCCUGUCCUAGAACAAGAGCAGGGAGCCGGCGGCCUGAGGCUGCCCGAGGCUGGCUGGAGCUCCAUCCUCACACAGAGGUGCGGUCAGAGCCGAAGGGCUUUUGGUCUUGAAGUACAGGGAACCAACCACCCUCUUCGUCUAGAAGAGGGAGAUGUCCUCAGAGGAACGUAAGGAAAAUUAACACACAUCAGCUCCUCCCCUAUGCUCAGGCCUCUCCAACCCCAAAUGUCCUCCCUGGAGCCUGGGUCUCUCUCUGACCAGUGCCCCCUCUCCCAUCUGGAAAGAGCUGACCAUAACUGUCCCUUGCCUUCCCCACACCCUCACCUAGCUCCGUUCUGGCUCCCUCCACCAGCAUGUUGUGCCACGUCUCCCACCAAGUCACAAAUGCCACGGACACGACUCCGCCCUCUCCACGAGCUUGACUCUGAGAGGCGAAGUCAGACAAGAUGGCUGCCGUGGGUGCUCCAGUGGGGGCGGGAGGGAUGGGAGGUGGGAAGAGCUCCUGAGGGAUAACGUAUGCGACGCCCUGGCCUGGCAGCUGCCGCACAGCCAUGGGAAGCCUUAGGAGAGGCCUGUCCAUGAGGCCUGUCCAGCCUCCGGCCAGAGGGGAUGGACACCUGACCCUAAAUGGGUUUACCCGAAUCCUACUUCCCCAAUUGCGAAUGAGCACUAUGCAAGUCCCUCUGGGUGCCUGAACUGUAACGCAGUGGUUUUGCUCCUGGAUGCACAUUUGAGUCACCUGGGGAGCUGACGCCUAGGCUCCACCCCCGACAUUUUGACUUAAUCGGCUUGGGGUGGACCGUGCAUCUGAGUUCAGGCAGCUCCCUGAACUGCGAUGUGUGGUCAGCAUCGAGGGCACCUCUGUGAGGCCUAAAGUUGGGGCCUCAUUUCUCACCGGUGCUGAGGGGUCUCAGAGGGAAAAAGGCACCUACAAGAGGAGAAGAAAGUCAAGUCCUGUCUCCCUCUGAAUUUCCUCAGACCAGGCUAGUCCAUGAGAUUCCCACAUUCUCCCCAUAAAUAUACCCUUUUUUGCUGAAAUAAUUUUGAGUUUGGUUUUUGUUACACAUAGCCCAAAGAGCUCUAACACCAAAUUUGGAACCUGGAACCUGAGUGUUGCAGCAAGAGCUCCUGUUAUGGGUGCCAGCUGAGCAUGGUGGGAUGCAGGGUACAGAGGCUCCACCUCUCUGUCCCAGGCUGGGCAUUUGGCAGCCUUUACUUAAUCUGGUCAUGAAGCAGUUGUCCAGGAAAUCGUACGUCGUCUCUUGAGGUUCAGUGCUUACCAGAGGCUUAGGACUCUUACCAAGCAAGGGUCCACUGCUGAUGUGCAUAGAAGCCAAUACUAUGACACCGGCUUUUGAGAAAGGAAAGCAGCUUUACUUACCAGUCAGCUGGCAAGACAGGAGGCAGGACUCAAAUCUGUCUUCCUUGAUCCAGGAUAUGGGGUGGGGGUUUAAGGGGUAGCAGUUAAGUGUUCACGAAUGUUACUCGUAAGUGUAACUUUUGUUCUGGGUCUUGUUAGAAACAAGAUAGAACCAGGUUCUAUGGUUACAGGGCUCGGUAGGAAGAUGUUGGGAUAGAAUAUGCUGUCUGCUUCUUGUGGCUUUCAGAGACAGGCUGUGAGAGAGACAAGCCCCAUGCCAGCAGGCAGGCCUGACGGCAGCGCAGAACAAGAGUCAGGGUGAUGCUUCCUGAAAGGAAGCCCUUUCUGCCCAUUGACUGGAGAGGGAGAGAGUCAGACCACCACAUACAACCCAGCUGGCAUGCUGAUCAACAACACAGUGGGCGCUGGCCAUGGGAAGGAGAUGUCUGGAAGAAGUUAGAGGGGUUUGAGGCUAGAAGAGUUUGGGAAGCCUGAAUCCCCAGGCCUCUCUAAAGCAACCUCUUUCAAAUGUCCACAUCAAGGUCACCUGGGCUGCUAACCUGCAGCAGAGCCAACUUUGCAGCCUCAUGGCUGGGCUCCUGUUUACUGUCCCAGCUUCAAGGCUAAAGGAUUGGAUGGAGACCCAAGAAGGUGGGUCAAAGGGUAUGAUCCUAAAGCUUUUGCUGUUGUUGAUUAGCAAACAUUGUUUUCCUGAGAAUGAAAUCGACAUGCCAUAAAAUACGGUUUGGGGAGGAAUAUACCUGUGUGCCCAGCCCCUAAGGAAGGCCCAUGUAACUAUAGGGAGCGAACCCAGGGUGCUGGAGCUGCUGGCCAGGGGACUCAUCUAUUUCCUGCAUCUGAGAAUAUGGAUAUGGACUGAAUAUUAGGUGAUUUCAAGGAAUUAUGGUUAAUUCUGUUAUAUGUAUUGUUCAUUUUUGUGAUAAUGACACUGUGGUUAUUUUUCUUUAAAGCCUUGUCUGUUUGAGGUGCAUACUGACAUGAUAUAAUGGCUGGAUUUACUUUAAAUAUUCUAGAAACAAAAAGGUCAGGGGCAGGGGAAGUUAUAAGACUGGGAAUCAGUGGUACUUAAGGGUUCACUCUGUUCUCCAAUCUGUGUGGAUAUUUGCAAGUGAAAUAAAUAAAAGGUUAAAAACCCCUUCCA